AUAACGAUCAAACUGUUGAUAAAAUAAAUGACCUUCCAGUAUUAGAACAAAAAAGUAUUAAGGAACCUGCAAACAAAGCUGUUGAAACUCCCCCAACUAGGUUUUUACAAACACUAGGACAAACUUUUGACAAAUUACGUAACGAAACUAAAACCAAAAUAUCAAAAAAAUCUUCAAAAGAAAGUACAGGCGUUAAAGAAAAAACAACUACGAAGCAGUCAGCAUUAAAAUUAUUAAAAAGGAAAUCCGUAAGUAGUGAGGAAAAAAGUAAAACGUCACAAGUUGAAUCAAAUUCCGUUGCAAAAAUUGAUAAUAUUAAAACUGAUUCAGAUAAAAAAGUAGUGGAAAACGAUGCAGCAAAAAUUACUGACAAAUUGAUAUCCAAAGGUACAAAUGCUAGUGAGAAUACAAAUGAUGAAGAGAUUGCAAAAUCAUGCACGAGUUCUAACGGCGAAACUAAAGAUGAGCGUAAAUCACGUAUUGAAAAUGUUAUCAAAUCAUUACGAGAGAGAUCCAUUCCACGUGGCCCUCUUGGUUACACAGAAUCAGGACUUAUAAAAAGAGCUGUUAGUGUGGAAGACGUUACUGGUCAUUUGAAGCCUAGUAGACGAAGUGUUUCUAAAGUACUCGAUCUAUUUAAUAAGCUCGAAACGGAGAAUAAUGAAUCAAUUCGUAAAAAGGAUGAAGCUGCGGUUGUGAACGGAAAAGUAAAAAAUAAACUUAAAAUUAAAGAACCACAAAUUAGACCUAAAUCACUUGUGAUUUCUAAUAAUGCUAAAACUGAAACAACAGAACAAGCAACAGAAAACGUUGAUGAAGGUAGUAAAAUAGUGAAUGAUCUCACAACUAAUAGUAAACCAGUUGAUUCCAAUACUAAUUUUAUGUCACAAAAUGGCGCGAUUAAAAAACCUACAACUUUGAAAUUAGAUUUUUCUAAAAUAAACAAUUAUAGAAACGUAUUGGAAAAUCCCACAAGCGAAACUUUAUCCAACAGAUCUCAAUGCUCAACAAAUUCCCAUUUAACAAAUCAUUAUGAUUACUCGAAUAAUAAUUACAAAGAUGUAGAUCCUUCCGAUAUAUCAUCCGCGACUACUUGUCUAUCUCCGAACUAUGAGCCAGAAUUAGCAUUUGAUGAUUGGUCAAUUUGCAGCGACAGUGUGAUUCAUAAAAAUCAUAUGCUUAGCUCUACUUAUAGCGACGUUUCGCCAAAUUGUGAUUCGCGUUCCGAAAUGGACCAUCGAUUGGACUACGCACGCCCAAGUUCUAGAUCAUCUUACUGCAACCAUUCGGGACUAGAAAAUAGUGAUUCUGAAAGUAUCAUAGAUAGAAUUAAGAGAAAAAGCUAUUAUUUGCGGUUUAAUGAAAAGAAACAGAAACGUAAAAGUAGCAUAGUCGGACCUGGUGCAAAAGAUUAUUACAGUUCAUCGGUUUUCGAUAACAAAUCAGACAGAACGAGAAGUAAACCAACAUCCCCUAUAACAGGAGCACCAGAUACCAUAGGAACAAUUCACAAGUACAGACCAAAGAAAAGCGCAGAUUUGUCUAAAUCGAUAUCAUCGGAUUAUGAUGGAGUAUCUUCGCAUAUCAAGAGACGCGAAUCUUGCAGUGCGUUCGACUAUAAUCGCUUAAACCCGAGCAGUAUUCAAAAUAGGAAUUAUUUUACCUUAGAUACUAGAACUCCUAAACGUUACGGACGAUCCUAUUCUAAUUAUUCUGAUAGUAAAUACACAACGAACCAACAUGAUGGCAUUUAUGGAAAUUAUUUAACUGGCAUGCACUCAUCUAAAGAUAUUUUGCACAAUAGAGAUUAUCAUUUGCCGAAAGAUUACAUUGAACCAAAGUCACCAUAUUCUAGAAAAAGCUAUAUUAGCGGCUGCAAUGGUAUGUACAAUACAUACAAUCCAUCAAUGUCUUAUAGUUACCACGGAAGCAGUAGAUCUCAUUCUAAAAGUUCCAAUUCUGUACCAGAUCACAGUGCUUUUGUAGAUAAUGCGAAUGCACCUUCCCCUUCAGUUUUGAAAGAAGAAAAUUUAGAAUAAAGUCGACCAGGUAGUUAUGCGGGUUUGAUAUAUUGGCUUUUUUAUCUACUUAUUUGUAAUUAUUGCCAUUCCAAGCUGAUUCAUAUAAAAAUGUACAUCAAAUUAUUUUCCGGAUACUAACUUGAUGCCAUAUUUUAUGAGUGAAUAGGUGAUUGUAAGGAAGUGUUUACUUUUAAAGAGUUUGGCCGUGAAAUAUUUUGCAACAUUGAAAUCAAGGAAAAGAAUAGCGUUUUUUCUUGUAGGUAGAAGUGCCUUGUUUGGUGGCUUAUACUUUUAUGAAACAGUUAAAAAAAUAGUUCAACAUUUAAUUUUUGUUUGAUAUUUUAGGUUUUGGCGUAGUAUACUAGUACGGCAAUUGAAUUUAGAAAUACUAGUACCAUUUUGUAUUAAUUUUGAUUGUAUACCAAUUUUUUUCUCUUGCCAUGAAAGUUUUUAUUUUUUCGCGAUAGAUUUAACGGAUUUAUUUAUUACCAUAGAGUUAUCAAUUUGUGGGCUAGUUUUUGAUUGAAUGCUUUUGUAGAAUGGAUCUUUUGAAUGAAUGUAGAAUAUAAAUUUAUCGUUAACGAAUUUUUUGUCUUUGCUUUUAGAUUGAAUAAUUUGUUUGAUUUUCUAUUAACGCCGCACAGUGAUAUACAUUUUGCUAGUUUGAUUAGGGUUUGUAAAAUUCUAUACUCGAAGUUAAUUUUACGCUUUUGAAAUUAUAGUAACGAGACUACACAUGUUGCCAUUUUAUUAUAAUUUUUGAUGUACUUAAUUAUUUUUAAAGAAAAUA